AUGACCGAAUUGAAUCUGUUAGAAUCUGUAUUCUCUUUGCACAGUAUCCUUUUCCUCAGAACCCAAAUUCAAGCUCAAAACUCUUAUAAAUCAUCAUUGCCUAUAUCAACACCAACUAAUCACAAAAUAGUUGACAAAUAUGGAAGUGUAAAUGAUGACAUACCUGAAGAUUGGAAAAUUAUCAAUGAUGAUUUGUUUAUGUUUUAUACUGGUAAAGUUCCGUGGGUAGGCAAGGGAUUUUUAUGUUUUCCUGCAGCUUUACCUAGUGAUGGUUUAUUGGAUUUAACCCUUGUCAAACGAGAUGCUGUUAAUAAGAAAAGGGCACUUGAUAUUCUUUCUAAUGCUCAAACUGGUAGUCAUUUUGAUCAAAAUGAGGUUGAAUAUUAUAAAAUUGAGGCUUUUAGAUUAACACCAAAAAAUAAGAGUGGUUAUAUUAGUAUUGACGGUGAAUCAUUUAAAUUUGAACCAUUUCAAGUAGAAGUUCAUCCUCAAUUGAUCAGUGUAAUCGGAAUGGAAGGAAAAUACUUUCCAAGGCAAUUACUUGUAAUGAGGGAUAAUGAGGAAAAAGAAGUUACUUCUAUUGUCCAAGAAUCAUACAUUUCUCAAGACAUGCCUAAAUCAACAAACGAAAACAACGAGACAAUAACAGAAAUUACUGCUUCUAAUGAAAUUUCAGGAUAUUCUUUAGAAGAAAGUUUAUUGCAUAAAUCAAAUUAUAUAAGAGGAUUUUUAAAAGUGGCUGAUGGAGAAGGGAUAAAUCUAAGGAAUUUUAAGAUACAGGUUGCAAAGUAUGCCACAAUUUCAGACAUUAUUGUGUAUGGAGAGGAUGGACUUAAUGAAAAUGUUUUAAAAGUUGCAAAACAAGUUGCUUGGGCACAACAAAUUUUAAGAGAGCAACGACCAAUUGGAAUCAAUUAUGAAACUUUUGUUAUUCUCGAUCCAUUUUCUGUUUUUGAAAAAGAUUUUCUAAAUGUUGUAGCAAUAGAUAAUAAAGGUAUUUGGCGUAAUAAAAUUAAUUUUCCAGAACAGGAAAGGGAGGAAAUGAGAAUUCUUACAGCAGCAUCAGAAAUAUCACCAAAUGUUUGGUUAGGUAAUACACAAGAUGUACCAAUUUCAACCGAGUUAGACCCUGCAGAUUCAGCGAUCUCAUUGAUCGAUGAUAAUCCACACCAUUUUUGUAUUUGUAUUGAGGCACAUGAUCUUGGAGAAAUCCCAGAUAAAGAAACGCUUCAACACCUAACCGAAGGACUUUCCACAAUACCAAAGUCUAGGCCAAUAUCCAUCAAAGAUAUAAUUCAUGUUGAUUGUAUGUCGUCAGCUGUAGGAUGUAAUUCAACAACUUCAUAUGAUUCGCUAAUCACAAAACUAUUAGAUCUUUGUGAGUUCAUCUCAGAAAAAGCAAAUAAUGACAAUCGUAAGAUACUAAUUCAUUGUGCAGAUGGAUACACAGAGACAUCACUCCUUGCGCUAACAUAUCUCAUGUACAAUGAGACUUUACGACUUCCACAAGCAUACUUACGGCUACAAAAAACUCGCAGUUUCUUUGUGUACCCAAGUGAUGUGACAACACUGUUAAAUAUUGAGAAACGUGUAUUAGAAAGGAAAAAAGUUAGUCAAGAUGAAAGGGACAACAUAGAGAUUUCAAAUAAAUUUUCGUGGUUUUAUUCGUCACAAUUUGAGGGAAGUUUUCCAAGUAGGAUCUUACCAUUUUUGUAUUUAGGAAAUUUAAGCCAUGCAUGUAAUGCUGGUAUGCUCAAGGCACUUGGAAUAACACAUGUAUUGUCAGUUGGAGAAGACGCCAGAUUGGAUGGGAAGGAAUUUGAUAUAUUAUAUUUGGGUAAUUUAUAUGAUGAUGGUAUUGAUAGUUUAUGGAACCAUUUAGAUUUAUGCGUAAAUUUCAUCGAAAAUGCACGCAGAUUGAAUGGAAGUGUGAUUAUUCAUUGUCGAGUAGGAGUUUCUAGAUCAGCUACGAUUACAAUAGCGUAUAUUAUGAGACAUCUUGGUAGAUCACUUGUAUCGUCAUAUUUAUUUGUUCGCGCAAGACGUCUAAAUGUUAUAAUUCAACCAAAUCUUAAAUUUAUGUAUGAAUUACUACAAUAUGAACAAAAACUUACAGGUAGAAUGGGAAUUAGUUGGCCUUGGUUAGCUAAAGAAAUCAAUGCAUUAAACAUGUGUUAUGUUGGGUCCUAA